CCGACUUCUUCGCGCCAGCCGAGCGACUCUUCCAACCACCCAGAGCCUACUCACAUCGUCGCCAACCCUGUCUCUGCCGGGCACACACCUGAAUCACACGGUAUACGCGUGUUGUAUACCUAGUAUCGGAACAGAAGAGACACCCAUGGUUCCGAUAUCCGACGUCCGCUCCAAGACCAGUUGACCCUCGCUAUGGCGGACACCUCUCAGACGUCCCCUGCUGCUGCACUUGCAGCACCGUUCCGUCACAUCCGCAGCUGCGAGCUCUGCCGCCAUCGCAAGGUGAAAUGUGACCGUCAGACCCCUUGCUCGCACUGUGCUCGGGCAGGCCAGACAUGCUCAUAUCCAGCCGGGCCGGGAAGGGCCCCAAAGAGGUCACGCCGGGCCGAGAAUGCGCAGCUAAUGGACAAGCUGAGCCGGCUCGAGCAAAUCAUCAAGCGACUGGCGUCUGAGGGGGGCGAAAAUGCCGAUAAUGACGCCGCAGUGGAUGGUCAUCAUGAGGACAAGGAUGGGGACCCCUCACAACGGUCUGCUAACCCAGAGGGGGACGCCAAACAAUCAUCGUCCACACCGUCUAGCAGGUUGUCUGAAGUUCAAGCACAGGGUAGCUCAUCGCUUGAUGUCCAGUUUGGCAGGCUGGUUGUCAAUGACUCGAUGAGCUACUAUGUUGGCAACGUUCUUUGGGCAAAUCUGGCAAACGAGAUCGAUGGCAUCCGCGACAUGGUGCAGGAAGCCGAAGACGAUGAUAGUGGUGAUGAUGUUGCCGACCUAGACGCCAUACCCCCAGAGUCAGCUCGUGGGCUAUCAGGCUCCAACGCAACCCUUUUCGGCUUUCGUGCACUUGCAUAUUCCUUGCGCCCAUUUCACCCAACGCUUCCACAGGCUGUCAACUUGUUCGCUGUAUUUACGGAGAAUGUUUCGCCAGUCCUCCGUCUGUUCCACAUGCCGACACUGUCCAGCUCAUAUUGGGAGUGGAUCGCUUCUCUCGACUUAUUAGAUAAGAACACGGAAGCUCUCCUGUUUGCGAUAUACUACUCAAGCUGUAUCAGUCUCUCGGAUGACCAGUGCCUCUCAAUCAUGGGCCUAACACGAGAGGAAGCAACUGAAAAAUACCGCUUCGGUGUGGAGCAAGCCCUCGCACGCGCCGACCUCCUCAACACGCACAGUAUGGUCCUCCUCCAAGCAGCCGUCCUCUUUCUCUCAGCCCUCCGGAACCAAGAUGACUCGCGUACCACCUGGUCACUUACAGCCCUGGUCUUCUACGUGGCCCAGAGCAUGGGGCUCCACCGCGACGGCACCGUCUUCAGGCUGAAGCCAUUCGAAACCGAGCUGCGCCGCCGCCUGUGGUGGUACAUCUGCGUGCUGGACGGGCACUCGUCCAAGUACCAGGAGCACGAGGCGAACCUUCACCAGUUCUUCUCGGACACAAAGCUACCACUAAACAUCAAUGAUAGCGACCUUCAUCCCGAUAUGACGGAGCCCCCUGAAGAGGUAGAUGGCUGGACCGACAUGACAUUCUGCAUGGUCAGAUGCGAGGCCAUCAACACAGCUUCUAGCACCAGACUGAUUGGCCCCGGCUUACAGAGGGGCCCGUGGAGGGGUGAAGCGGGCAACAACUCUGCUGAGAUCACGGUCGAUGAGCGAAAGGCGAUAGUUGACAGCUUCGUUGAGAGAGUCACUCGGAAGUAUCUGCGUCACUGUAACUCCUCGGAGCCUGCCCCACUGAUGUCGGCCAUGGUCAUCAAGCUCAUAUUCGCGCGAUUCUGGCUCCUCGUGUACCGCCCGCAGCCGGGACCCAACAGUAACGACCCAAAUACCCGGAGCAGUCCAACACCAGGGACCACUCAGGGGGGUGGCGGCAGCAGCAAUGUCACCACCCCGUCCAGCCCAGACCAGCCCAAAAUUAAUGCAUCGAUCGAUCCAGGGAUCAGAGACAAGCUCUUCACAUCCUCCAUAGAGGUCGUAGAGCUGUCCACCAGCAUCCUCACGCAUCCGCAGCUCGUCAAGUGGACCUGGUACUCCAAGACCUAUGUCCAGUGGCACGCCAUCGGCUACGUCCUGGCUGAGAUCUGCUGCCGCCCUGCGUCGACCGAGUGUGACCGCGCAUGGAACGCCGUCAUGGGCGUGUAUGAGUCUGGGAUACUGACUUUCAAUGAGCCGAAGGGUACAGUGUGGAAGCCUAUCCGGAGACUCAUGGCGAAGGCGAGAUAUGUUCGAGAGGUUCAGGGGCGGCAGAGUCACUCGGGUAGAGGUGUCGCGGCGAAUGAAUCACCACAUGGUGACAGCGGGGGACUUCCGCAACAAGGACCGCUUGAUCAUACUGCCUUCUCCUCGUCGACAUUUGGCUCAGGUCUGGAUCCUUCCGACGUACAAGCCGGCAGUAGCUCAUCUUUUUCAGGGUCUGCAGACUACCUGAUAAACAUGCUUAACGUCCCAGGCGACAUGAGCACGGAUGACUUCACAAAUUUGGGGUUUAUUGAUGGUACAAGUGGCUUCUCUCUCGACAUGAUGGGCGCUGGUUCCGCUAUGGAUGGUUGGGAUGGUCGCAUGUGGUGACCUUCAGCAUAUAGAAACCGAUACAUGGCCACAUUCAUCAACAGCCUGAGCUUUCUCCAUCUCGCGUCCCCAGCCGUCGUGGUAAACAAUCUGCUGCCGAUUCUCAUCAUCCAUAACACCCAGUUCAGUCCAAUUCUCCAGGUGACGACAGUUUUCAUGAUGAUUACCCCCCAAGGCAAUACUUCUAAUACCAUCUCGUCUCCGUGGUCACAUAUUCGCCAGUGGUGCAGCAAGUUGUCCCUUGGCUCGGGAGAUCCGCCCAAAUUCGCGAGUAUUGGGCGUAGAUUCUGAUAUUCUUGCACACACUUUACGCGCCCCCGUCUUUCUCCUGGAAUGCGUUGCGGUCCACGUGCCGUGCUCAAGUGUUUAUCAACAGAGGAAUAUCAAGCUUUGCGAAC